AUGGCAAAAGCUAAGCAGGCCAAGGCUACAAAAUCCUCGCCACGUCCCAUAUUUGCAGAAGAUGCAUUGAGUCAGACAGAUCCAUCGUCCCUAGUUGACCUUAUUAAUCAAUAUGUCCACACAAACGCAGAUGUCAUACAUGCAAAGUACAAAGAGUUUGCCGAGGAGCAGAUGGCUGCCGACCACAAAUUAAUACGGGAAUUGCAAGAGGAGAACGCCAGAUUAGCAGAGGAUUUAGAGAGCAGGUCUCAAUUCAACUCCCCUGUGAAAAAGCAAAACAAUGAAGAUGUUUUCUACUCGUUGGAUAUUCUUGAGAUAAUGAGUGGGUUAAAAGUGACUGACUUUAAUGAUAACGGUAAGGAGUUGGUUUACGAGAUAAAGUCUGUGGGCAAGGAGCUGGAAAUCCAUUAUAAACUAAUACUAGCAAAAGACGGGUCUGAAGUCACCUACAUUCCCAUAUUCGAUGGAAACGAGGAGGCGAUGAAGUUGUUGCCUGAAUACUUUUUGGAUAGCUUUUCCUUUGAUUUUAAAAACUUGCCUCUAUUCUAUAACAAAGUGAACAAGUAUAUAAAUAAGUAG